UAUUCUAAUAUAAUAAAUAUGUUAUAAUGAAAUUAAACCAAAAUAUAAAUACAACAGCCAUUAAGGCAACAGAAACAACUAAAACCGAAACAAAUAAUAUUAUUCCAUUUAUGACACCUGAUGGAUUUUAUUCAGCAAUAAUAUUUGAAACAAUGAAACAUUCAACACCAAUUGCAACAAUCUAUUUACAACAACAAACUCAUCAAUUUACAUUGCCAUGGAUAACAAUGGCUAACAAUAUAACAACAAAUUCUUAUUUAACAUCUUUAUCCGAUUAUAGUCAUACAACUGUUAAUAAUCCAAUCAAUAUUGUUGAUAAUGUUUUGGAUAUUAGAAAACAACAACAAUCUUAUCAUCAUCAUCAUCAUCAUUAUUAUCAUUAUCAACAAUCAUUAUCACCAUCAACUAUGGCCUUUUAUACUGCUGCCGUUUCAUUAUCGUCACCACCCUCGUCAUCCUCACCAUCAUCAUCAUCAUCAUCAUCGCCAUCCACUUCAUCAUCAUCAUCAUCUUCAUCAACAUUAUCUUCAACAUCGGCAUCAUCAUCAUCAUCAACAUCAUCAUUGUCUUCGGCAACAAUCAAUUAUUCAAGUACAUCACCUUAUUCAUUAUCUUAUUCUCCAUAUUUUACAUCAUCACCAAUUGUCAGUAAUGCAUAUAACUAUGAUGAUGAAAGUGAAAAAGAAUUAUUUCAACAAUAUCUACGAAAUCAAGCAUUGGAAACUCCUAUACUGGUAACAUUGAUCAUUGUUUAUGCUGUAUUGAUAUUUAUUGGUGCAUUUGGUAAUGGUUUGGUUUGUUUGGCUGUUGCAAGAAAUCCUCGUAUGCGUACACCACAGAAUUUAUUCAUUGUAAAUUUAGCAAUUUCCGAUCUAUUACUUUGCUUUUUUACCAUACCAUUUUCAUUGUUUGAGAUUGCAACAAAAUUUUGGCCUUAUGGUGUUACAAUGUGUAAAUUGGUACAGGCAUUAGAAGGAACAUCAAUUUUUGUAUCAACAUUAUCAAUUAUUGCAAUAGCAUUGGAUCGUUAUAAUGUAAUAUUACGUUCAGUAAGUCCAGAUCAACAUCGUCGUACAACAGUGGUGCCAAUUUUUUUGAAAUUAAUUCUAAUCUGGAUUAUUGGAAUCAUAUUAUCAAUGCCAUUAUUUUUAGUUCGUACAGUUGAAUCACAUUAUAUUGGAAUGGGACCGAUAAAUACUAUAAAUUUUUGUAUUGAAAAAUGGCCAAUUGAAAAUGGUCGAGCUUAUUAUUCCGUAUUAUCAAUGUUGAUUCAAUAUGUUGGACCAAUAAUUAUCGUAUCGGUUGUUUAUGCACGUCUUUGUAUAAAAUUAAGAUCUCGUACAUUACGUCGUACAUCGACUACACAGCUUCCAAAAUUACGUACACGAUUACAACGUCGUACACGUAAAACAAAUCUAUUAUUAAUAUCAAUUGCAUUGAUUUUUUUCAUUUCAUGGUUACCAUUAAAUGUAUUGAAUAUUGUGGCCGAUUUUUUCUUUCCCGUUAGUGCAUUUCGUAUAACAUUUGCAAUUUGUCACAUGUUUGGCAUGUCAUCUGCAUGUUCAAAUCCAUUCUUAUAUGGAUGGUUAAAUCAAACAUUUCGUAAUGAAUUUAAAGAAAUAUUCAAUUCAUUUCAACGUUUAUUUUGUCAUCAUUGUUAUAAAAAUCCAACAAUGCAACGACAUCAAUUAACAUCUGUUAUUCGUGAAUCUGAUCAUUCAAUGUCAUUCUCACCAAAUCAUCGUAUAAUUCAUUAUCAACCAAGUAAUGGCCGUUGUACAAUAACUGAUUUUAGUCAUAUUAAUAAUACUCGUACAAAUCCAAUCAAUAACAACAAUAAUAAUACUAAUAAUAUAAACAAUACUAAUAUUGUAAAUAAUAAUAUGAUACAACAGCAACAACAACAACAACAACGAAUUUGA